UUAAAAUACCAUAGAAACAUGUUUGACAUUUUUUAAUAUAAAAUAAAUGUAAUACUUCAGAAUAAAACUUAUUGUACUUUUAGGUCAAUUUUGGUCAAUUCACAAAAUUUUUAUGUGUAUUUUUAUUUAAAUUUUCAGCAAAAAAAUGGCUUGUGGCGAUUGUGGCUCGUGCGGACAAUGUUGCGGUUCUCCAUGUUCUCCAGCAAUGUAUCCCCAUGCUGUAUGUUGUAUGUCAUGUCCUCCACCAAUUAUCCUUCCGACUAAGCCAGAACCAGUAGAACCUUUGCAAAUGCCGUGUGCUCUAAUUAAAGAGGAAUGCAUACCGGAAGAGGUAGCAUUACAGAAGCGGUACCAUAAUUUUUACAAUGCAUAUAAUGAAGACUGGCAUUGUAUAACACCUUCAAAUCGUGGUCCAAAGCAAGAACCAGAUAGAGGAAGAAAGCCUCGUAGUAACUGUGAAGAUUAUAGAAGAAGACGGAAAAGCCCUACAAGAGGAUGUCCGACUGGGUUCCAGCCAUGUUACAUGAAGUUAUCACCACCAUGUAACAAUCACCCUUGUGGAAUUUGGGUUGCCGAAAUUCAAAAAUGUCUCCCAAAACCAAAAAAAUCUAAUGAAUACAAUCCCGGACCUUGCUGUAGGCCUUGUUGUCUGCACAAACGACCUUCGGAUCAAUGUUGCUGUUAUGAUUUUCCAUGUAAAGCUCAUUGCUAUGAUCACCCUGUAGGAAUUAUGCCAAAACACCCGUUAAAUGCUUAUUGUCCCAGAUAGCUUUAGAUGUUUUUUGAAAAUCACGGUAACUGAAAGUUACAUAAUGAGAGAUGCAGAUUGCUAAUCAAAAAGAAUAAGCACAUCAUGGAGAACUUGUAAAAUAAACCAUUCGUUUUUCAUUAUCUUGAAAAGUUACUUUGGUAUAACCCAGUAUAUGUAUUUACAAGUUUUAAAUAAAUAAUAUUUUGUGAAGUUAAAGACAA